CGAGUUAUUGGUGACGUCACGUCCCCGAGCUGAGCCCCAUCUCCUCCGCGCUGCAUUCGGAGCAGCCUGUACAAUCACGAGCAUUAAAACGCAUCUAAACCACAUCAUCAUCAUCAUCGGAUUUGAUAUUAAAGCUGAAGAUGCUUCAGUCCCUCACCGGUAAUUCGUGCGUGCGCUUGAUACAGAGCAACAAAUCGGCAUGGUAUUUUCUGUUUCUCGUGCUCGGCUAUAUUCUGUAUCUCAUAUUCGGAGCGGUGGUUUUCUCCUCGGUGGAGCUGCCGUAUGAAGACCUCCUGCGCCAGCAGCUCAGAGGAAUCAAACGGCAGUUCCUUCAGGAGCACGAAUGUCUGUCCGAGGAAAGGCUGGAGCGUUUUCUGUCCAAAGCGCUGGAGGCCAGCAACUAUGGGGUGUCUAUUCUCAACAACGCGUCGGCAAGCUGGAACUGGGACUUCACUUCGUCUUUGUUUUUUGCAAGCACGGUCUUAUCAACCACAGGAUAUGGUCACACCGCCCCUCUCUCUGAUGGUGGAAAGGCGUUCUGUAUCAUUUACUCUGUGAUUGGCAUCCCCUUCACCCUCCUGUUCCUCACGGCUGUGGUGCAAAGGAUCAUGGUCUAUAGCACAUGGCGGCCCAUUAUGUACAUUCAUACACAUUGGGGUCUGUCUAAACCCCUAGUGGCCGUCGUUCACGCAACCCUGCUGGCCUUCUUGGCCGUAUCCUGUUUCUUCCUCAUCCCUGCCGCCAUCUUCUCUGCCCUAGAAAAGAACUGGAACUUUCUGGAGUCCUUCUACUUCUGCUUUAUCUCACUCUCCACUAUCGGUCUUGGUGACUAUGUGCCCGGAGAGGCCUUUAACCAGAGGUUUCGUGAGCUUUACAAACUGGGCAUCACAGUGUAUCUCCUCCUCGGCCUGAUUGCCAUGCUGGUGGUGUUGGAAACCUUCUGUGAGCUGCAGCAGCUGAAGCAGCUGAGGAAGAUGUUUUAUCUGAAGAAGGAGAAGGCCCAGGACCGACUGACCAUCAUGGAACAUGACCAUCUGGCCUUUAGCUCCAUGCCGGACGGUACCGUCAACUCGCCCCAGGAGGACAAAACCGAACCCUUUGUGGACUUCCCCAUCUUAACCUCUCCUGGAGGUGAUGACCCCAUGAUCAAGUAGAUGUUUUAGCCUCCAUCAACAUAACUCUCAUUCGAGGGAGACAUCUGUAGCCGAGGGGUCUUGCAAGUGAUUGGCAGGAUAGAGAAUUGUGAAAAAUUACUUGAAUAUAUCAGAUUUAACAGCCCUCUACAAAAAAAAACCGUGCCAGUCUGGCUUCCUGUUCCUAGACGUGAGAAAAUCAUUCACUGACUGAAUAUCUGUAAAUGAUUAUUAGCACACUUAGGCUGCCCAAUUAAGUCAGCAAACUACAUUAAAAAGCAUACAUAAUUACACUAAACUAUAGUAUGUACUUACCAAUUGAGAUUGCGGAUAUGGUAGAAGUAAUGCUGACAGCAUUUGUGGCAUAAUGUUGAUUACCACAAGAAUGUUCAUUUCUCCCUCCUUUUCUUAAAAAAAAAAAAUCGGGGUUUCAGUGAGGCACUUAUGAUAUGAAUGCAGCUAAUCUGUGAACUCUAAAACACAAUUUUAAUAGUGUAGACACAUGACCUACAUGGUAUGUGUGAAUUAAAAUGGUUUUAGUGUGAAAUUGUUUUUUUUUUUACUCACCCUCAACCUGUAUUUCAUCUGUGGAACACAAAAAAUGUUGGUAAUUUCAGUUCCCAUUGACUUCCAUUCUAUGGACAAAAAAUACAAUGGAAGUCAAUAGGAACAGAGACUAUUUUGUUAUGUGACAGUAGAUCAAUUAAUGAUGACAGAAUUUUAUUUUUUUGAGUGGACCUUUUAAAUAGAAAAUGUCUAAAAUUAAAAAAUUAUGAUAAUUAAAUUACAAUUUUAAUUAAAGAAAUUGUGCUAACUAACUAUUGCCACAAUUGCUGACAGCUGAGCUUUACUUUUCAGGUAUGGAACACGGAAUAUUCUUUAACAGUCCACAUUUUUAAAAAAAUGGACUCAAAAAACACAUUCAAACUCUGAUCUAAGCUUUGAAUAAAGACCACCAUAUUCUCAGAUCUUCAUAAACAUUGUGAGCGCUCACUUACAUAUAGUGGAGAACUGUCAUCAAACAUAGUAGUUGCACAUCUUGUGUUAAGUUUGAUUUCUGGUGUGAUCUACUUUGUGAGCUUGCAAACAGCUUAACUAGAAGCUGUAUUGCUCUAAUAAGACUAUAAUGUAGCAUAAUUAGUAGAAACACAAAAAUGUGCCUGCUCAAAAGGGAGUUAUUACACCUUCUAGAUGACAUUUGUAGUUAAAAAAAUCUAACGUUUAUCUGAAGGGAUAUUUUAAAUGUUUUAAAGGGAAACACAUGUUAUACUAUAUCAUUUUCUUAUUUUAGAAAGUGAUAUUUUACCUUGAUCUAAAUAUUAAAAUGCGCAGCUCGACAGAGUAGGUGGAACUCCUUGUCCUUGUUCUAAGCCACUGAGAUCCAGCGCUAUGCCGUUACAUACCAAAAAAGGUUCAGUAUUAUCGACUAAUUGACUGUAUAAAACGUAGAUCAUCCAGAUCUUUAACUUGUUUGCAUUCAGAACAUUUCUGUGGCUAUUUAAUAAACAUAAAAAUUAUAUUUUUGAAACAUGGUUGAGGUGUUGUUUACAAUAAAAUGCUUGUGUUUGUUUUAUGAGAAUGACUGUUGUAGGCAUAGACUGAUGACUAUUGUUUAAGGUCCUGUUGGAAGAUCACACUUUACUGCAGAUUGUGUUGUAUAUCACUGUCACCGCAGUAGAAUGGCAUGACAUGUUUAUCACAAUAGAAUAAAAGUUGAAUGUUUUAAGGCCUCAUUUUAACAGCUGUUGUGUCUGACUGUAGAGAUAAUUUACAGAUAGCGUCAUUUUUACAUGAAUAAACAUACUGAAUAUGAGCUCCUCAGGCCAUGGGAAUUUGAAUGUGCUGAUGUGAUAUUUUUAUUUUGUGAAUAAUGAAAUGCUCUGUGACAUCACUGCUGGAUUCUCUGUGCUGAUUUGCCCUUGGUGUUUUGCCGCAUGAGUCUCUAUGAUCAGCUACUGUGUCUUGACAUUGUAUCAGUGCAGCACAGAAUCAUGUAUGCAUUCGUUAUUGAAUAUUUCAUUUUUUGUCUAUCAGUAAUAUGCUUAGAAAUACAAAAGGCAUAAUGUCA